CGAGUGUGAGAGAAGGCAGCUGCAGCCAGCGUGGACAUGAAUGCUGGCCUUCAGAGAGAACAGCGUUUUAGUUUUGGUCAUCGAAAGUGGUGCCUUCAACGCAGAAGAGCGUGAUUCCCCUCCACGGCCACUCAUCUCCACCCCGGAACAAGAGGGGAGAAGAGGGCUGGAGCCCCAUCGGCCUCCAGUGCGGCUUCCCUUGUGCCGGGACCAGGGAUGAAUGGGCCAUGCAGGAGGACUUCUCCGGCCUUCAAAGGUUCCCAACGCACCCUCGGGACGCGUGGGGGCCCCCUGCUGCUGCCCAUUGAGACAGUAGGAUGGCCACGCUGACCUCCUUUGUGAUGUUUCCAAGCCAGCCAUCCAGGCGGGAAGUGCUGGAGUGGUUUCUGCGUGCAGUCACGGGCCGUGCCUUUCCAGUGUGAGCACUGUGGGCCCUGAGGCCUGCUGAGUGUCCAUUCACUGCUGGUGACACUUGCACAAGAGAUAAAGGAAAAAAAAAAAAAACUCCCUAGGCCACCUUGGGUUUGGAUUCAGCGGCUCUUCCUCCAUGUGGCCACAGCCAGGCUUGUGCUCGGGACCUGUGGGUUGCUUAUGAAUGCAGCCUGCCCUGCCCGCCCUGAUCUGAGUAGCACCUAGACAGAGCCUGUGCGAGGCCAUGGAUCCAGAACACAACGUCAAGGGCACCAAGAAGGCUGAGGGAAGUCCCCGGAAACGACUGACCAAAGGAGAGUCCAUUCAGACCAGUGCUACGUCCAGUGCCCCGUACCCCAGCAGCACAGUAGCCGCUGCCCCCCAAGAAAGCCCCCUCCAAGAGCUCCUAGCCCCGCAGCCCUUCCCGGGGCCCUCGUUGAUCCUCCGGGAAGGCCCUCAGGAGAAGACGGGCCCACCCCAAAAGCCCCCCAAAAGGCCGUCCAUUGAAGCCUCUGUCCACCUCUCCCAGCUGCCGCAGCCUCUGACACCAGCAUUCAGGGCGCCCGGCCAGCCGGAGCAUCUCCUGGAAGGAUCCACGUGGCAGCUGGUGGACCCCAUGAGACCCAGCCCCUCUAGUUCCUUCGUCACCCCUGGUGGGCUCCAUCCUCAGAGCCAGCUCCUUCCUUCCCACGCAUCCAUCCUUCCCGCUGAAGACAUGCCGGGCAUCCCCAAAGUCUACAUGCCCCGUUCCCAGGUGUCCACGAAGUCUGCAGAGGAGGCACCCAAGAAGGAGAGGAAACCCCAGAAGCCAGGCAAAUAUAUCUGCCAGUACUGCAGCCGGCCCUGCGCCAAGCCCAGCGUGCUGCAGAAGCACAUCCGUUCCCACACGGGCGAGAGGCCCUACCCCUGUGGCCCGUGUGGCUUCUCCUUCAAGACCAAGAGCAACCUCUACAAGCACAGGAAGUCCCACGCCCACCGCAUCAAAGCGGGCCUGGCUUCGGGCCUCGGGGGUGAGAUGUACACCCCAGGGCUGGAUAUGGAGCGGCUCCCAGGGGAAGAGUUUGAGGAGCCCACGGAAGGAGAAAGCACAGAUUCGGAAGAGGAGAUGGGUUCUGCAACCACCCACCCCGCCGAGCACUCCACCAGGCCCAAGCACCCGCUCCUGUCCAGCAGCCUCUACAGCUCCGGGAGCCAAGGUUCCAGCCACGAGCGCUGCUCCUUGUCCCAAUCCAGCGCAGCCCCAUCCCUCGAGGACCCCACUUCUUUCGUGGAACCUCUAUCCGAGCAUCCGCUGAGCCAGAAGCCCGAGGACACCCAUAGCAUCAAGCAGAAGCUGGCCCUCCGCUUGAGCGAGCGCAAGAAGGUGAUCGACGAGCAGGCCUUCCUGAGUCCAGGCAGCAAGGGGAGCACGGAAUCGGGGUACUUCUCCCGCUCUGAGAGCGCAGAGCAGCAGGCCAGUCCCCCCAACACCAACGCCAGGUCCUACACGGAGAUCAUCUUCGGUAAGUGCGGCCGCAUCGGACAACGCACGGCCCUGCUGUCGUCCACUGCCACUCAGCCUCUGCUGCCCCUGUCAGGCGACGACAAGCCCAGCCUGGUGCCUCUGUCGGUGCCCCGGACGCAGGUGAUCGAGCACAUCACCAAGCUCAUCACCAUCAAUGAGGCCGUGGUGGACACCAGCGAGAUUGACAGCGUGAAGCCCCGGAGGAGCUCGCUGUCCCGUCGCAGCAGCAUGGACUCCCCCAAAUCCAGCCUCUACAGGGAGCCCCUGGCAUCACACGGCGAGAAGAUGAAGCAGCAGGAUGCAUCGUCGCUGCUGUGCCUCCAGCACCCGCCCAGCAGUAGCAGCACCACCGCCACACCCGUGCCCCUGCUGCGGAGCCACUCCAUGCCUUCUGCGGCCUGUACCCUCAGCACCCCUCAGCACCGCUUCAGGGGAAGCUACUCCUUCGACGAUCAUGUGGCCGACCCUGAGGCUCUGAGGCGCAGCAGCCACAUGCUCACGUCCCACCCGCGAAUGCUCAAACGCCAGCCUGCCAUCGAGCUCCCUCUGGGGGCAGAGUAUAGCUCUGAGGAGCCGGGGCCCAGCGGCAAAGACUCUGCCCCCAAAGCUGUUGAGGCACCCUCUUCUGAGGCCACCAAGGAAGGCUCGGGUGAGCUCACCAAGAAGACCAAGAAGGGCUUGAAAACCAAAGGGGUCACCUACGAAUGUCACGUCUGUGGUGCCCGGUACAAGAAGAGGGACAACUAUGAGGCCCACAGAAAGUAUUACUGCUCCGAGCUGCAGAUGGCAAAGCCCGCCAUCCCCACUCCUCCUGCGGCUGCUGGGGCCCCACUGGCUCCAGAUCCUGCAGCCAAGAGCCGCACGGAGCAGGAGCCCUGGUCUCAAGUGAUGCAUUACAAACUGGGGGCCACUUUGGAGCUCACGCCGCUGAGGAAGAGAAGGAAAGAGAAGAGCCUAGGGGAUGAGGAAGAGACACCGGCUUUCGAGUCCACCAAAAGCCCCUUUGGUGGUCCCCGGCCCUCUGAGGUGGCUCGGAAACUUCCCCUGGAGCCCAGCAAGUCAGCUGCAGAAUCCAGUGCAUCGGGGCCCUCUCUAGAGGCUCUCUCGGGCUUCUCGGCCUGCACCCCAAAACCAGGGUCUGGUUCCGAGUCGGGGAAGGAACGGAGAACCACGUCCAAAGAAAUCUCCGUCAUCCAGCACACCAGUUCCUUCGAGAAGUCGGACUCACUGGAGCAGCCCAGCGGCUCUGAAGCAGAAGACAGGCCUGCUGGCCCCUUCUCCACGGCGCCCCCCACCCAACUCACACGCUCCCCUCACUCCCUGCAGGCCAAGCUGGUACGCCAGUCCAACAUUCAGGUUCCCGAGAUCCUAGUGACAGAGGAGCCUGACCGGCCCGACCCAGAGCCAGAACCUGCACCUAAGGAACCGGAGAAGACGGAGGAGUUCCAGUGGCCACAACGCAGCCAGACACUGGCCCAGCUCCCGGCUGAGAAGCUGCCACCGAAGAAGAAGAGACUGCGCCUGGCUGAGAUGGCCCAGUCGUCCGGGGAGUCCAGCUUCGAGUCGUCGGCACCCCUCUCCCGCAGUCCCAGCCAGGAGAGCAGCGUGUCCUUGACUGGGUCCAGCCGCUCGGCCUCCUUUGACAGGGACGACCAUGGAAAAGCUGAGGCUCCUGGGACUGUGACUGACACACGCUCCAGGCCCUUGGGUACCCACCGGCUGACAGUCCCCAGCCACCAUGCCCACACCCAUGCCCGAGAGAUGCGGAGAUCAGCCUCUGAGCAGAGCCCCAACGUGGCACCCUCCACCCACAUGGCUGAGAUGCGCAGCAAGUCCUUCGACUAUGGCAGCCUGUCCUCCGCUGGCCUCCCCGAGUCUGCCCCGCCAGCGACUCCCACCGCCCCAGAGAGAAGAAAAUGCUUCUUGGUAAGACAGGCGUCCCUAAGCCGGCCUCCCGACGCUGAUCUGGAGCCCAUGGCCCCAGGAAGACCUGAGAGGGAGGACUCGAAGCCCUUACCCGGUAACCCUGCUGGCCAAAGUUCCUUGCCGCAGAGCUCCUCAGCCUCAGGGGCCCCCUCUCACAGCAGGGCCUCAGAAAGCCAGGGCCAGACUCCAGACAGACCUACCCUGGGCUCUACUCCACCGUACUCAGAGGAGGCUUUCCACCACCCCAUCGCCCCACUCCCACUCCAUGAAAAGCCCUAUCUGCCUCCUCCCCUCUCCCUUUUCUCCUUCCAGCACCUCUUACAUCCAGAGCCCGGACAGUCUUCGGAAUUCUUUUCCACCCAGGCAAUGCCCAGCCUCCUCUCUUCGCCCUAUUCCAUGCCCCCACUUCCUCCUUCCUUGUUUCAGGCCCCGCCCCUUCCACUCCAGCCUUCUGUCUUGCACCCAGGCCACCUCCACUUGCCCCAGCUCCUGCCUCACCCAACCAGCAUCCCCUUCCGACAGCCCCCUACUUUCCUCCCCAUGCCCUAUCCCACCUCCUCACCACUCUCCUCUGGGUUUUUCUUGCCCCUCCAAUCGCAGUUUUCCCUUCAGCUUCCUGGCGAGGGGGAGAGUCGCCUUCCCCAUGUCAAAACUAGCCUGGCCCCCUUAGCAACAGCAAUGGCUGGUCCCACCCCUCGCACAGAAUUCAGUGCUGACAUCCAGCUGCCCCCUGCAGCUCCCCCAGCCAGCUCCUCAGCAUCCACGGCAGCCCCUCCACUGGCCCUGACUGCCUGUCCAGACACCAUGGUGUCCCUGGUGGUGCCUGUCCGCAUUCAGACCCACAUGCCAUCCUACGGGAGUGCCAUGUACACCACUCUCUCCCAGAUCCUGGUCACCCAGUCCCAGGGCAGCUCAGCCACUGCUGCUCUCCCCAAGUUUGAGGAGCCCAAUCGCAAAGGGACAGCUGUGGCCGGGACUGAGGUGUAUCAGGUUGGGCCCAGCGUUGGCAGGGCCCCUGAUGAGCAGAGUAGAGGCUUCCCGACACCAUACCUGAGAGUGCCUGUGACUUUACCUGAACAGAAAGGCACACCUCUGUCCUCAGAAGGAGUCUUGAGCCUAGAGGGGAGCUCAUCCACAGUGGGGGGAAGCAAGCGUGUGCUUUCACCAGCUGGCAGUCUUGAACUUACCAUGGAAACCCAGCAGCAAAAACGAGUAAAGGAAGAGGAGGCUUCCCAGGCUGAUGAAAAACUGGAGCUGGUAAACCCCUGCAGUGCGGUCCUUACCAGCCCUGAAGAUGGUGAGAGGCCAGAGAAAUACCACCUGGGAAGCCAGGGCCAGAGCAGAAGAGAGCUAGAAAAGCUGUCUUCAGGUUCAUCUGGCCCAAAGGAAGUCCCUCCCCUUCCUCAUCCCCCAUUGCCCCAUGGGGUAUCCCCAGGCCCAGAGGCUUUGAAGGACUAUGCCCAGCCAGCUGGUGAACCUCAGCAAAGAGGGUUGCCCCCUCUGAGUGUAAAGAAAGAAGAUUCCAAGGAACAGCCUGACCUCCCGCCGCCACAGGCACCACCCAGCUCGCUGCCUCUACCAGAAACAUCCUCCAGGCCAGCCAAGUCACAAGAAGGUACGGACUCAAAGAAGGUACUGCAGUUCCCCAGCCUCCACACGACCACUAAUGUCAGUUGGUGCUAUUUAAACUACAUUAAGCCAAAUCACAUCCAGCAUGCAGAUAGGAGGUCCUCUGUUUACGCUGGUUGGUGCAUAAGUUUGUACAACCCCAACCUUCCGGGGGUUUCCACUAAAGCUGCUUUGUCCCUCCUGAGGUCUAAGCAGAAGGUGAGCAAAGAGACAUACACCAUGGCCACAGCUCCGCAUCCUGAGACGGGAAGGCUUGUGCCAUCCAGCUCCCGCAAGCCCCGCAUGACAGAGGUUCACCUCCCUUCGCUGGUUUCCCCGGAAGGCCAGAAAGAUAUAGCUAGAGCAGAGAAGGAAGAAGAGACCCGCGGGAAGCCAGAGGAAGACGCUCCUGCCUCCAAGACAGGGGAGCCGGCGAGGAUCAAAAUCUUCGAAGGAGGGUACAAAUCAAACGAAGAGUAUGUGUAUGUGCGAGGCCGCGGCCGAGGGAAAUAUGUGUGUGAGGAGUGUGGAAUUCGCUGCAAGAAGCCCAGCAUGCUGAAGAAACACAUCCGCACCCACACUGACGUCCGGCCCUAUGUGUGCAAGCACUGUCACUUUGCUUUUAAAACCAAAGGGAAUCUGACUAAGCACAUGAAGUCGAAGGCCCACAGCAAAAAGUGCCAAGAGACGGGGGUGCCGGAGGAGCUGGAAGCCGAAGAAGGAACCAGUGACGACCCAUUUCACGACUCUGAAGGGCGAGAAGGCUGGGAAGCGGUGGCAGAACACCAGUUUUCAGACCUGGAGGACUCGGACUCAGAGUCAGACCUGGAUGAGGACGAAGAUGAAGAUGAGGAGGAGAGCCAGGAUGAACCUUCAGGUCUGCUGGAGGCAGAUUCCCCACCAGGGCAGGGCCCUGGACCCAGGGACACCUACUCUGGCAGCCAAGCCUCACAGGCCAGCUCAGUCUCAGAAGGUCCAGCAGCUGGCAGUGGUUCCAUAUCCGACCUCCCCCGCCUGGCACCAACCCCUGCGGGCCCCUUGGAGAAGGACUCAGGCUCAGCCCCCAGCACUAAGACUGAGUCCCCAAGAAGACCAUGGUCCCCAAGCAAAGAAUCGGCCAGCCGCCCAUUGCUUGCCCACAAACACUCCCUCUGCCACAGUGACUCGACUCCCCAGCCACGGUCGCCUGCCCAAGAGCCACCCACCUCCACCCCAAGCCCUCACCCUGGUGGGUCUCCCAGACUUGAGCUGUCACCUCUCAGCCCUCAGCCCCCCAAAAGAGAUUCACCUCCCCAACUGGACCUUCUCCCAGAACUCAAGGGCAGCACAGACCCAGCCCCCAACAGACAUUCACCUACCAGGAGUUGGUCUCCAGGCCAGGGCAAGUCACUACCAUGGUCAGCGCUGCCAAGGAAGUGGACCUCGGCAGGAGAGCAAGGCCCAGGCUCGGGGCUGGCCCCGCGGGCUCUCAUCCGGCCCACGCCUCUACCUCACAAGCUCCUCAGCAGAAGCCCAGAAACCUGCAGCUCCACUUGGCAGAAGCCCGAGUCCUGGAGUCCGGCCUGCUCGCCUGGCCCUGCCCAUCCUCUCUCCUCCCAACCCUUCACCCCUCACGACUUCCACAGCCACAUCCCAACUGGGGCCGAGAACAUCUUCAGUCACCUCCCUCUGCAUUCCCAGAUCCUGACCCGCAUCCCGUGUCCCCUGAUCCCCAUUGGGGGAAUCCAGAUGGUGCAGGCCCGGCCAGGGGUCCACCCUGCCUGGGUCAGUGGCUUCUCAGGAGGCGGCAGUGACCUGACAGGGGCCCGGGAAGCCCAGGAGCGAGGCCGCUGGAGUCCCACCGAGAGCUCCUCAGCAUCUGUGUCCCCUGUGGCAAAGGUGAGCAAGUUCACGCUCUCCUCAGAACUGGAGGGUGGGGUCGAGUCCACGGAGAGUGAGAGGACACGCAGGGGGCUGGGCAGGCCUCCUGACUGGGAGCCCCGUGUGGCUGAGGUGCCCUCGGAGCUCCCACACAUCUCCUGUACCCCACCUGAGCCCUCACCCCGGCCACUCCUGGGCCACUGGUCAGAGUUGUCCUGGAGCCCCCGAGUGGGCUCCCCACACAAUCUGGCCCAUCCCAAGGCCUCGGCCACCCCCACGCUGGACCGUAGCAGCUCCCUCGGGUGCCUGGCUGAGGCCUCCACUCACACUCCUGCCAGGAGGAGGAGGAAUCUCUCUGGGGAACCCAGGACUGGUCAGGACUUCCCUGAGUCCUCAGGAAGUGGGGAGUCCAGGCUACCUCCACACCAACCAGAGGGCAGGGGCCCCCCACGUACCUAGCCUCUCUCUGACCGCUUCAACAAACAUCUGGCUUCCGGUGUUCAGCAACAGACGUUUCAAGCCACCUUCCUCAAACUGUCCGGUUCUCACGGUUCCCUCUACCGUCUGUCCAUCUGUCUGCCUGUCCAUCUCUCCAUUUGUCCAAGCAGCUUUUGUGCCGCCGCCUGUCAGCUUAUUCCAUGUAUGCAGUUACCUGUGCCUUUUCUAGAUCAUGUAUUGCUUGAAAAAAACUAAACACACACAUACACACACACACACAGAUUUUGAGGCUGUGAAUAUUUUGUGCUGUUUUUGAGAAAGGAUGUGGGUGGGUAAGGAUACCUCUUCUUGUUUGCUAUGGUCAGCAGCAACUCCAGCCAGCCUGGCACAAGGCACCCAACUUCUGAGAGAAGGGCAUGAACUGAGGGAACAAAGAAUCACAUCAAAACUUUAAGAAAAUAUCUUACUAAACACAAGCAGACACUUCGCUGUUCCUACUUAGUACUGCUGUACCCCACCCCCACAAGGGCCACCCCCUCUGUCAACAGAAAGGUGGGCUAGAGAUCCCAGGAAGAAGAGCACGGACACAGGUAGGGGGACCCCACACAAAAUCCAACUUUGUUUUUUCUAGGAGUCAUCCCAGAAGGCUAAGAACAAAGUGACGACAGAAGCUGGUCCCUGGGGCUUCCAAACACUCAGGAUGAGUCAUGGACUCACCCUACCCUCUGCAGGCAACCCCCAUAACUACCCACACCCUUCUCUCUGGGCCCUUACCCUAACCCCUGGGUUUGUCAGUCCCAGACACUGACUGUCCCCCAACUUGAGCCCACCUCCUCAAUCCAGCCCCAUAGAGCACUACCUGCCUGAGCUGCAGUUGAGUUUCACUCUGUCAGACCCAGGAUCCACAGGACUGUGUGAGCAUCUAUGACUGGUCUUUCUAGAACUGUCCUCCAACCACACACGCUCUCUUCAGGGAAGGGCCCACAACUGUGCUUGGGGGGGAGUGGCCCAGGCUUGUUUGCAUACUUGGACUGAACUCUCUUUAAAAAUUAUUUUAAA